GCUUACUCCUUACUAGUCGGACCGUCGGUCACCCAUUGGCGUUGGAGUUGGAAUUGGAAUUGGGAACAUCAAGGCGAGGGUUCCGUUUCACAAAGCUUUUUGAGUUAAGAGUUGAGGCAAUCCGCUUCUUGGAGGUUCCCUCCCUCGUUCGACCUUGACCUUGAAGGAAAUAGCUAGAUAGAGUUCAACAUGGACUUCGACGAGUACGAUUAUCUGGAGAAGACUGUGGAGGAGGAGGUCGACCGAGAUGGCUCACCUUCUAAGAAGAGUGAGAAGACCAGCAAAGGCUACAGGCGCCGAAAGGGGAGUGUCGACGCUGAAGGCGACGCCCGGGAUCGGCGGAGCAAGAAGUCGAGGGGCGACGAAGUGAACGGUGAUGUGAGAGAGCGCUCCUCCCGAUCGGAGCGGCACAGGAGUAGCAGAGAGGGAGAGAGGGAGAGAAGAGAGAAAGACAAGGAGAGGGAAAGAGAGAGGAGAGAGAAGGAGAAGGAGAAGGAGAAGGAGAGAGAAAGGGAGAGGAGAGAGAGGGAGCGGCCAUCGGGGAAGCAUGAUGGCGAAAGGGAAAAAGAAUUUGUCAGAGAUAGGGAGCAGCGCGAGCAUGACUCCAGAGAUACCAGGAAAUUCAAGGACAAAAAGGAAGCAGUGGAGCCUGAAGCUGACCCCGAAAGAGACCAAAGAACUGUUUUUGCAUACCAGAUGCCCCUUAAGGCAACUGAAAGAGAUGUUUACGAGUUUUUCUCAAAGGCAGGCAAGGUUAGGGAUGUCCGUCUAAUCAUGGACCGAAAUUCAAGACGUUCGAAAGGAGUUGGGUAUGUUGAAUUUUACGAUGCAAUGUCUGUGCCAAUGGCAAUUGCUCUCUCUGGCCAGCUUCUUCUUGGACAGCCUGUAAUGGUUAAACCAUCAGAAGCUGAAAAAAAUCUUGUUCAAACAAAUGCUUCACUUGGUGGUUCAGUUGCGGGGCCCUAUGGUGCAGUUGAUAGAAAACUGUAUGUGGGGAACCUACACUUCAACAUGACGGAUUUUCAGCUUAAACAGAUUUUUGAAGCUUUUGGGCCUGUGGAGCUUGUGCAACUACCAACUGACUCUGAGACGGGACAUUGCAAAGGUUUUGGGUUUGUUCAAUUUGCUCAACUGGAACAUGCAAAGGCAGCUCAAAGUUUGAAUGGGAAAUUGGAGAUUGCAGGUCGAAUUAUCAAGGUCUCAUCAGUUACAGAUCAUGUUGGAGUUCAAGAUUCAGGAGUCAAAGGAGCUGAUCUUGAUGAUGAUGAGGGUGGUGGUUUGUCUCUAAAUGCUCAAUCAAGAGCAUUGCUUAUGCAGAAGCUGUAUAGUAGUGGUGUUUCCACAAGUGCUACUGGGUCCACUGCAGCACCAGUGCUUAAUGGUCUCGCUUCAAAUCAGCAACCCACCCUCUUGCCUGUCAAUGAACUGUCUAGAAUCUCUCCUCCAGCUUUUCCUGCACUUAUGACUACUGUGGCCCCAGAGCCUAUUGGGAGGCCCAGUGAGUGUUUGCUCCUGAAGAAUAUGUUUGAUCCUGCAACUGAGGUGGAUCAAGACUUUGAUUUGGACAUUAAGGAGGAUGUGCAAGAAGAAUGUUCAAAGUAUGGCAGGGUGAAACACAUCUGUGUUGACAAGAACAGCUCUGGUUAUGUGUAUCUUCGGUUUGAUACUGUGGAAGCAGCAACAGGUGCCCAACAGGCAAUGCAUAAGAGGUGGUUUGCACGCAGGUUGAUCUCUGCUGUAUUCUUGCAACCUUAUGAAUAUGAUGCCAAGUUUAAAGGUGCAGCAUGAACAAGUUUCCUUUCCAGGCGGGAAUUGGUGCUUAUGAUUUUCAGUCAGGAUGUGGAACUGGGCAGUUGGUAUUAUUAGAGAAAUUUUUCUUGAGAGAUGUAAUUUUCCCAAAGUACACGCCAUCACAUAUUAGUAGAGAGGGAGUGGAUGAUAUGUUUGGGUCUGUAAAAAUUUAUACUUUUGGAGGUUGGUAUGUGCCUUCUGUUAAUGGGGGUUAGGGUGAUUAACCAGUUAUACGAAAUGUUUCUGCUUAUGUUCGUUCA